AUGAAGUAUAAAGUCUGUCUCUCAGGUACAAAAUAUGGCUGUGGAGUAAGAGGCUGUGGUACCUGUACUGUGACGAUAUCCAGAUAUGAUCCAGUUGCCAAGCAAAUACAACAUCUCCCUGCCAACUCCUGCCUUCUCCCCAUAUGCUCACUGCAUGGUGCUGCUGUCACUACUGCGGAAGGGGUUGGAAGCAUGAAAAACAGGAUUCAUCCAAUUCAGGAAAGGCUGGCCAAAUGCCAUGGGUCCCAGUGUGGCUUCUGCACCCCUGGAAUGGUGGUGUCCAUAUAUGCUUCACUGACAAACCAUGCAGAACCUUCCAUGGAGCAGAUAGUUUCUGCUCUGGAUGGUAAUUUGUGCUGUUGCACAGGAUACAGGCCAAUUAUAGACAGCUACACAUCUUUUGCUAGGGAUCCAACGUGUUGCCAACUCAGAGGAACUGGACAAUGUUGCUUGGAUCAGGAAGGAUGUGUGUCUUCAUCUUCUAAAGGAGGUCAGAUUCAUUCAGAUCUUUGCAAUCCAGAAUUCCCACCCAUGGAUCCAACACAGGAAUUUAUUUUUCCUUCUGAAUUAAUGAGAAUGGCUCAAGAGCAGCAAAAAACAACUCUGAUUUUCCAUGACAAGAGAACAACAUGGAUUUCUUCUGCUAGCCUGAAGGAACUUCUGGAGCUGAAAGCCAAGAAUCCAAAGGGACCCCUGGUUGUGGGGAACACCAGUGACUCAAAAAAAAAUUGCCAUGACGCCUAUCAUCCAACCAUUCUCCAUCCUGUUAGGAUUCCAGAAAUGUAUGUUGUGAGUAGCACAAAUGAUGGGCUAGUAAUAGGAGCUGCCUGCUGCUUGGCUCAGGUCAGAGACAUCCUGAUGGAGGCAGUCCCAAAACUCGAGGAGAAAACAAAAAUCUACCAAGCUGUCUUGCAGCACCUGAGAGCAUGGCAGUAUUCUUUAGGAGGACACAUUGUAAGCAGGGGAUCAAACUGGGACUUGAACCCAAUCUUAUCAGUUGGCAAAUGUGUCCUCAACUUGGCAUGAGAAGAUGGUAAACGGCAGGUUCUUUUAAAUGAUCAGUUUCUUGCUGGCUGUGAGCAAGCAGACGUAAAGCCCAAGGAGGUCAUUGUUUCUGUUCUCAUCCCAUACCCUAUGAAGGGUGACUUUAUUUCAGCCUUCAGACAGGCUGAACAUCAGAAAAAUGCUUUGUCUACAGUGAAUUCUGGAAUGCGAGUCCUCUUCAGUCCAGGUGCAGACACCAUUGUAGAUCUGAGUAUUUUAUAUGGAGGCAUUGGAUCAACCACGCUCAGUGCAAGAAAGUCCCGUGAGAAGCUCAUAGGAAGGCAAUGGAAUGAUCAGAUGCUGAACGAAGCUUGCAGACUCAUAUUGGAGGAAAUUUUUCUCCUGCCAUCAGCUCUGGGUGGAAAAAUAGAACAUAGAAGAACUCUGCUUGUCAGCUUCCUUUUCAGAUUUUACCUGGAAGUAUUACAUGGUUUACAUCAGAUGUAUCCCUUCAGGUAUGCUGAGCUCUCACAGAAGAAGAUGAGUGCUUUGGGAAUGCUACAAAGUGGUGUUCCCCAAGGUGUCCAAAUCUAUCAGGAUGUUGACCCAGAGCAGUCUCCACAAGAUCCUGUGGGACAUCCCAUCAUGCACCAGUCUGGAAUUAAGCAUGCCACUGGUGAAGCAGUUUACAUUGAUGACAUUUGUCCAGUGGAUGGAGAACUUUCACUGGCUGUGCUCACCAGUAUUAAAGCCCACGCAAAGAUUAUAUCAAUUGACACAUCAGAAGCCCUUCAGGUGCCAGGAGUGGUUGAUGUAGUGACAGCAAGAGAUGUUCCAGGGGAAAAUGGCAAGGAUGAGCCGGCAUAUGCAGAAGAUAAGGUGAUUUGUGUUGGUCAGAUAAUCUGUGCUGUGGUAGCAGAGUCCGUGACUCAGGCAAAGUACGGGGCUGAAAAGGUGAAGAUAGUGUACGAAGAUCUGGAGCCAAUUCUGACCAUUGAGGAUGCAAUAAAACAUAAAUCAUACAUUACUGAAGAAAGGAAAAUAGAAAAAGGAGACAUUGAGAAAGGAUUCAAGUCUGCUGAUGAAAUCAUAGAAGGUGAAUUACACAUAGGAGGACAGGAACAAUUUUACCUGGAAACAUAUAGUGUACUUGUUAUUCCAAGAGUUGAGGAUAAAGAAAUGGACAUGUAUGUGUCAACUCAGCAUGCAACCGAUGUACAGGAAUUAGUGGCUUCAGCUUUAAACCUCCAGUCCAAUAAAAUCAUGUGCCACGUGAAACGUGUUGGUGGAGCAUUUGGUGGGAAGAUUACUAAACCUUCAUUCUCUGCUGUAAUUGCAGCAGUGGCAGCCAACAAGACUGGGCAUCCAGUCCGUUUUGCUCUUGAAAGAAAUAUGGAUAUGUUAAUCACUGGUGGAUGGCACCCUUUCUUUGGAAAAUAAAAAGUUGGAUUCAUGAAUGAUGGUAGAAUUGUAGCUGCAGAUUUUCAGUGCUAUAUAAAUGGUGGCUGUACAAAAGAUGAACCUGAGUUGGUUAGGGAAAUAAACAUGUACAAAGGAGUUAACCUGACAUCCUUCAAAGAAGAGUCUGAUGCAGAGAAUCUGUGGAAAUGUUGGGAAGAAUGUUUGGACAAGUCUGACUACUACAGCAGAAAAGCAAUAGUGGAAGAAUUUAACAUGAAAAAUUAUUGGAAAAAGAAAGGGAUUGCCACAAUUCCCAUAAAGUUUUCUGUUGGAUUUAAUGCAACUUAUUUUCAUCAGGCUGGAGCUCUCGUCCGUAUCUAUAUAGAUGGGUCUGUGCUCGUCACUCAUGGUGGAAUUGAACUGGGACAAGGAAUUCACACUAAGAUGUUACAGAUUGCCAGUCGUGAACUGAAGAUACUGUUGUCAUACAUACAUUUCUGUGAAACAAGCACAACAACUGUACCCAAUGGCAAAUACACAGCAGGAUCAGUCGGAACGGAAAUCAAUGCAAGAGCAGUCCAGGAUGCUUGCCAAAUCCUUUGGAAGCAUCUGGACCCUAUAUGAAGAGAAAAUCCUAAUGGCAAAUGGGAAGACUGGAUCAGAGAGGCUCACAAGCAGAGCAUCAGCCUUUCAGCUACUGGCUAUUUCACAGGAUAUGUUACAAACAUGAACUGGGACACAAAGAAAGGCCAUGCAUUCCCAUAUUUUCUCUUUGGCGUUGCAUGUUCUGAAGUAGAAAUUGACUGUUUGACAGGAGCCCACAAGAACAUCAGAACAGACAAUGUCAUGGAUGCCUGUUUUAGCAUAAAUCCAGCUAUAGAUAUAGGACAGAUUGAAGGGGCCUUCGUUCAGGGAGUUGGUCUGUAUACAAUAGAAGAAACCUACUUCUCCCCAGAAGGAAAACAACUCACUCUUGUCCCAGAUACAUAUACAAUCCCUGCCAUCUGUGACAUUCCUGAGCAGUUCCAUGUCUAUUUACUGCCAAAUUCAUGCAACUCAAUUGCUAUCUAUUCUUCCAAGGGCAUGGGGGAGGCUGGAUUCUUCUUGGGCAGCUCAGUGUUCUUUGCAAUAGGAGAUGCAGUGGCUGCUGCACGGAAGGAAAGAGGACUGCCCCUGAACUUCACACUGAACAGCCCCUUGACUGUUGAGCGGAUUCGCAUGGCCUGUGAUGGUGUCUUUACUGAGAUGAUUCCAAAAGACAAACCUGGAACCUAUAAGCCAUGGGCCAUCAAUGUAGAUUAAUACUGCUUUCCAAAGUAUCAAACAACCAGGUGACUGCUUCAGCCACUCACUGACUGAAAGCAUUCCUGCAAGAAAGAAGUAGAACUGUAACACACAGAGAGAUAUAUAUUUAUAUGACUUUGUAGAGCAAGAUAUAAGCACCAGUUCUGUUGUCCUGCCAAGUAAGAGACCUCCUAUUUUGAAACAUAAAUUUCUUUCUAAAUCAAAUUGUCAUCCAUGCUACACUGGAAUAGUUCUGGAGUUACCCAAUGAACUUCAAAGAACUUGUAUGCAAUUUUGAAAAUAUUUGCAAUGAAGAGAUCACAAAUAGUACCAUUUUGCCACUUCUACAUCCAGUCUGAGAUUCACAACAGUUUUUAUCCACUCUUUCUGUUCUUCUAGUACAUGAAAAUCUCAAAGAUCAGAAUUAGGCACUGUACAAAUUAGUGAUAGGCAAUGUAUCAAUAUUACAGUAGAACAGAGAUUCUAAACGUAGAUACUGCCAAAUGUUUUCUAGAUACUGAUAUAUCAUUACUACCACAGCAACACUCCACUAUAGCUCUUCACUUCCUGGUGGCCCAUCUCAGGCCUGUUCCAUACCAUUAGAUCUCUCUGGACUGCUAUCAACUUUGACCUCUCUCAGAGCUGGAGUAUAAUCACUGCCAUUCACUGUAUUGUUAGUGCUCAGUCCUCCUCUCCUUUGCCUUACCCACAAUCUUGCUCCUUCUUUCCAGCAAAAUGGUGAAGUAGAACAUAGCUGAUGUAUUCAUCUGUAGGUAAGGAGAGGGCACAAGGUGAGGGAGAUGGACUGGAGGUAGGAAGGGUUAAAUAGCAGCACAGGUUCCCACUACCAGCUUUGAGUGAAGUUCAUAACAGAGGUGAGAUUUCUGGGAUAGCAUAGAUCAGUGAGCAAAAAUAUAGGGGGACAGACCACCAUAUCUGUAAAACCUCAUGGUCUUUUAUCUAACACAUUCAUUUAGAAGUGGGGUUGCCCACUGCAACCAUCAGGAGGUACGUGUAACACAUGUGCAGCAGACGACUGAGAUGAAAGUGGAGGGGAGCAGGGCUGAGAGGAAACAAUGACAAUAGAAGUUCAUUAUUAAAAAUGGGUGUGUCAGCUCACAGUUUAACUCAGCUGUGACAAACAACAUUACUGACUCUCUGACAGACAUUGUUUUAGAAAGGAGGUUUUAAGGUGAUGCAGUGGCAGCUGUAUGAAUCUUGAUGGAUCAUUUCCCCAUGAGGAGAGCAGACUGAAAAGCAAGUGCAAAGGUGUUUGAGAGGGAGAAAAGGAAAUGGCUGAGCUGAGCCAACACAGGUAUACGUACAAAUGAAUAUUCAACUUCCAUGUUUGAUAGUUCAGAGCAACAAAAUUAACAGUAAGAAUACAUUUGACAACAUCAUUGUGUACCCAAAACACUAGCGAAAGAAAUUACUCUAGAGAUACUCAACAGGUAUUGUGUUAGUUCGGAUUCUGUACUCAUUUACAAAAACAUAAAUCUAGACUAUUUUCAUUUCUUUUUAGGUUGAGAGUGCAGGCUUAAAUUAACAUAAUAUAGAAGAGAGCAUGGCCUGCACACACCCUCAAAUAAGUCAUAUUUAAUCUAAAUCCAUAGAGGUACAACAAAAUUUUAUUCCUUUACAAAUAAAUUAAUAUUAUAAGUAAUGAGGAAAUUGCUAGCUUACGUUGGUAAAAUUUUCCUGUUAAUUUCUAUUGGUAAGUUGUGAGAGACUACAGCUAAUGGGAAAAGCUCAACUGGCAAUAUGCUUUGCAGUUUUGUAAUACCAAAGGCUUCAAGGAGCUGACAGCAGGAACUAUCGUGUCUUUUGUGUUCCUUUCCUUAAAAUGCAAUUUUCGGAAUCUGUGAUUUAUCUUCUCAGCUUUUUAUUUAAUUGUGAUUUAGACAGAUGCUCUCAUUUUUGAAUGAGUACCAAAGCAAUCAGUGCCCUGGGUUUAGAAUGAAUAAACAAAUAAUUGCAGAUAUUAAGGUGAAAAUCCUCCCUCUGAAUGCGAAUACCCCUUAGCGUAUUUUUGAACGUGGUAUUUUGGGGAUUUCAUUGGGCUGUUGACUAGAAUUUGCUUAAAUAUAUCUUCAAUAAAACCAAACUUGUAAGACACUGUCCUGCUCUUUCGGGGAGCAAAGAGCUAAGUUGCAUCUCUUUUCCUGUGUCAGCGUUGUUGCACGUUGUUAUAUUCAGUCUCGUAGACGUCUCCAGUUCCGUGCUGCUGGGUGAGUUUGGCAGCGUAUGUUUUUUAGACAGUACUGGAAGGCCCUACACUAAAUACUGGUUUUGUUUCUGCUGCUGCUAUUAGACAGACGGCUCUACAGCCUGAAGACAGGGUGAGACCUGUUAUUAUAAUUGCUAGUGAAAGAACCCGUUUUAACUGCAGUAGAGAAGGCCUGCACUUCUGGAUCUACGGAACAUUGCUCUAUGUCACACGUAAGUAGUUUUUAACUGAUAAUUGGCUAGAGUACACAAAGUCUUUAUACAGUGAUGUCAUCAUUACAUUACAACUGUAAUAGUAAAUGUAGGACCUAAUAGUGCAGCAGGUAUGGUAUCGAUAAAGGUGUGAGGUUAAAAUUGUAAAGUCUCAUGAGUUUUUUUAAGUUCCCCACAUAUGAAAAAGAGAGACCUAGUAAACACAGAAGCUCUGAUAACUGAUAACCAGGCUUAUUUGGAGGAAUGCACAAAUGAAAGCACAGUCAAAUGUGUCUUUUGGAACCAAGUGCUCUUUAAUGCAUAUAGCGUAUAUAUAUUUGUACAGCACCUAACGUGAAAGCGAAUCAAGAUGCUAAUAAAGAACAGAUAUUCUGGGCAUAACUUUAACACAGUAGUCAUGUUUCUGAUCCCUCUGAUACACACAUCCAGUAAAUUGUCAAAUCUGAAACUGGAAUAUCCAAUCCAUUUGAAAGUGAGAACAGAGGCUGCGUGAGCAGAUUUUCUGCCAGUUACUCAAUAUCUAAAUGAACAAGAAAAAUGGCUUUGCCUAAAGCUGGUUUAUGAGCCUGAUUUUUCUAAGCUUAAUCAAUUAAGACAUCAGCCCCUCUAAAACACAGUCAAUUUACCUUGGCAGGAAGCUUUAUAGCUCUUGGUAAAAUAAUCCAAUGAACGGGAAAGAACAUAAUAUAUUGACUGGAAUUUCCCCUUCAAAAGCUGUGCUUCUGCUGAACAAAUUAUUCUAAGACGAGGAGUGAAAUCUUAAAACACUGAAGCCAAUAGCAAAACUC